AUGGCUUCCAACACGGUGAACCCUGCUAACCAUUUGCCAUACUUCUUUGGCAAUAUUACACGUGAAGAAGCUGAGGAGUAUCUGAUGCAAGGAGGAGUGAGCGAUGGACUAUACUUGCUCCGCCAAAGCCGGAAUUACCUGGGGGGCUUUGCCUUAUCCUUGGCCCAUGGAAGGAAGGUUCAUCAUUAUACAAUUGAGAGGGAGCUGAGUGGCUCAUAUGCUAUUGCAGGAGGCAAGUCGCAUGCCAGUCCUGCUGACUCAGAGGAAGCAGAUGGCCUUAUCUGUUUACUGAGAAAACCUUUCAACCGACCACCAGGCAUUGAACCCAAAACAGGACCCUUUGAAGAUUUAAAAGAGAACCUCAUCAGAGAGUAUGUCAAACAAACUUGGAACUUGCAGGGGCAUGCUCUUGAACAAGCUAUCAUUAGUCAAAAGCCUCAGCUGGAGAAGUUGAUUGCCACUACAGCCCAUGAGAAGAUGCCGUGGUUCCACGGAAGGAUCUCUCGGGAAGAGUCAGAACACCGUAUCCUCAUCGGGUCAAGAAACAAUGGAAAAUUUCUGUUCAACUUCACUCCUUCGCACCCAGCUCCUCUCCCCACCAAGCGGCGCGGGGGAGGCUGGGUGGGGGACGGGGGCUGCGGUCAGUCUGUAACAGCUUCUCUCUGCCGCUCCUUCCUCCUCACGCUGUUCCUGUUGCAACAUGGGCUCUCCACAGGAAACACCCUUCAGGAAAUACCCACCUGCAUGGAGGGCUGCAGUGUGGACGCCUGCUCCACCGUGGCCUCUCCUGAUGUUUUCAUGGAGGCGUCGCAUACUCGGCUGAGGGGCUUGGCGGUGCCCUGCAGGGGUGUCCAUUGGGGCCAGCUGGAACCAGUCGUGACCGGCCCAGGGCAGCCCCCGGCCUCCUCACAGAGCCCCUGCAGCCCCGCUGCCAAAGCCUGCCCACCUGCACCCAAUGUGCUGACUUACCAAAGUG